AUGUCCGGCAGCGAGUCCCUUAGACAUUGUUUCCUAUGGGUUGGAAGUGUUAUAUUUGGUACAACAUUAGUUUUGCUGAUAUAUAUAUGUCCUCUUCUUGAACUUACGAAAAUAUUGUAUUUUCAAAUGCAUUCGAGUGCAGUUAUGUUAAGUAGUCCUAUUAUUGAGUACAUGUAUUUAGCCCUGUCCAUUCCACUUCCAGUUGGUUUAAUAUGGUUGGGUGUAUUGAGGCGUCGUUGUAGUGUUGGGAUUAUAAGGGCUAAGAUAAUAGAAGAAUUAUGCUUUGUACCGUUAUACAUGAUUGUAAUUUCAGUCGGUAAAGUUGGUGAUGUAGCUUUAUUUUGCCCGGCUAGAAAUUAUGCACGUUUAGAAGUUCACAAUGCAUGUGUAAUCAGUACAAUCAACUUUUUAGCAAUGUGGUUAUAUACUAUUUUGUUAGUAUCUAGUAUAUUUGCAUAUUUCUGUGGAUGUUGUCCAGAUGAAAGAGAUUUUGAUUUAAAGACCAAAUUUAAAUAUUUGUCAUCCGUUAAUCUUGGUUCUCAAGAUGAUAAGGAAACAUUAUUAUCAAAAGCUUAA